CAGACAUUCAACAAGUGAUAAUAAGCAAGAAGGAAUAGAAAAUUCAUGUUUUGUGAUAAAACAAACCUGAAGAAUUAUUAUUAAUUGUUAUCAUUUUGUGAAAUCUGUAGAAAUUAUUUCCGUACUUCCAAUUUAUCUCGCAAAAAAAACAAAUAAGUUUUAAAAAAAUUAUUUAGAAAAUAUGAAAAUGAAUCGUGAAGUGAAAACUAUGGAAUUGUUCUCUUAUGCUGUUCUUCUGUUGGUCUUAACAGCUAAAUUGUGUAGUGCUGAUGAAGAUUUCGAAGGAGCACAGAAACGUGCCAGCGGUAGUGUCGGAUUAUUUCCAUUUCCGAGAGUUGGCAGAAGCGAUCCAGAUUUGCAGCCCGAAUGGAAUUCAUACAAUUCAUUUGAAAAUUAUGAUGAUUUAGGACGACAUGAACAGAAACGACAAGGAUUAGUUCCGUUUCCAAGAGUAGGAAGAAGUGGCGGAUAUAAUCAGAGACUUUACCAACAGUAUUCAGAUUUUAAUAAGCGAAGUCAAGCAGGAAAUCCACAUUGGUUCGGACCUCGUCUUGGACGUGCUCGCCCUGAUCAAGAGAAUGAAGUCUUUACGCCUAGACUUGGAAGAAGUAGCUUCAUAAACUCAGAAAAAGUGGAUAAAGAUUUUCGAAAGAACUUAUUCAUUUAAAGCAUUUGAAUUUAAGAUAACGACACGGAUAUGUGAAAUGUUGGUGAAUGAAUAGCUUUAUUGGUGGCUUAAAAAAUCAUCGUGCUUUUAUUGAGGCUGGUGGAAAUUUAGAGACACAAAAAGAGAAAACUUUUUCCCUCUUCUUUUCGAAAAGAAAUUCCCGAGCAACACAAAAAAUUUAUUUUGAUGUCAAAGCGACUUGUAGAUGGAUUUUGGGAUAUUUUAAACAAUGCUCAUAAUCCAUCGAAAAGAAGCCAUAACGGUGUUGCUGCAUUGUUUAGUAGAAAAGCAAUACUUUGACUAAUAAAUAACUUUUUGUCGGCAAACUUUGAUUCCAUUGCUCGGGAUAUGAUAAAACUUUGAAUAACUGUUGAAAAUGUUCAUUUUCCAAGUCUAUAUAUGUACAGGAAGUACACUAAGUCUUCAAUUUUCAAGAGCAAAGUAUCAUAAAGUCUGAAAGAAUCACACGAGGAAGAAGAAUCAAGAAGGAAAAAGUCACUCUUUAAAACAAAGUAAAUUUUCAUGAUAAAAGAAUGAUGAUCUUGUACAUACAGACAGCCAUAAAGCAAAAGUACAACAUUUCACAAAGGAUAUAAAAAAAAAUCUACAGAAACUUAAUUAUUUUCUUACCUACAUUUUCCUUCUUUGAUUUUCAUCAUCAACUUCUGAUACACAGAUUUGAGCUGUAUCCGAAACAAAGAGCAUAGUUUUGUAAACAAUUAAAGAAUCAACAUGUUUAUGCUCAACGUCAAAGAAAACAAACUACUAUAUAAUGAAAGUAACUGAAUGUAAAUUAAAAUACACUCAACAAGAGAUUUUAAAAAUAGAGGAAUGGAAGAUACAGAAAUCAUCCGACUCUUUAUCCUUAUUAGAUUGCUAAUUGAAUUACUUACUGUAAAAUGUUUAAAUAUAGACAAGAAACUCAAUGAAAAAUAAAUGAGAAAUCAUUGAUGAUGCA